AUUUGCCAUAGCAUGAUUUGGGAUGGGAGGGCUUUAUUUUUUAAAAAAUGUUUGUUUAGUGAAGGAUAAUUUUGGUCUUGUGAUCGAAACUUGGUUGUCUGGUCUCUCCCGGUUAUCUCUUUUCUUGCAACAAAUCAGCAGUAAUUUUUUUGGGCUUCUUUUCCAGUCAAGAACCUGUUCUCAGAUUGACAUUUAUACAAACACUUUAGGAACACAAUUCUCUCUUUUUCAUUAAAUUACGUUCUUUACCUUUUCACACCUCUCACGUUCCUCUUAACCUUACUCAAGGCAAGAUUGCGACCUUUUCUCUUAUUUCACUUGUCGCAAUACAUUUGUCUGAACUUAGAAACUCACUAUACAUUAAUAAUGGUUACGCAAAUUGUUAGAACUUCAAUUUUGAGCUAUAAAUCCAAUGGGCCGCAGGUGUUUGCUUAUUUGCCUGUGAGAAGAAAAUGGCAAAGAGAAACUUUGUUGGGUUGGUUGCAGAAUAGAUUGAUGACUACAAGUAAGCGAGUGCAGGAUAGAAGCACCACGAAAAGGGUGCAAGAUCUUGAAAUAGUGACAGAGAAAUGGAAAAUAGUAUCAAAAGUGAAGGCAGUGAUGGAGAUUUUAAAUGAGGAGCCAGAGACGAUAAUCCCAGUAAGGAACCUUGAACGACACAGGAUUAAAAUCAAUCUGCCUAAACCCCAUAAAAUUUCGGACUUCCUUCGAAAAUCGCCAAAGCUUUUUGAAUUGUACAAGGAUCAAAGGGGAGUGCUAUGGUGCGGAAUGACAAAAGAAGCUGAGGAUUUAGUAGAAGAAGAGGGAAGAUUAAUCGAGGAGCAUUCAGACAAAGUCGCAGAAUAUGUGACGAGAUGUUUAAUGAUGUCUGUUGAGAGGCGGCUUCGGUUGGAUAAAAUAGCAAAUUUUAGGAGAGAUUUUGGUUUGCCUGUUGAUUUUAGGGAUAAAUGGGUGCAUAGGUAUCCAGAACUGUUUAAGGUUGUUAAGUUGGUUGAUGAAGUCAGUUAUUUGGAGCUUGUGUCUUGGAAUCCUGAUUGGGCUAUCACACAGUUAGAGAAGAGAGUAUUAGGGGUGAAUGAAAGCAGUAAUUAUCAGCCGGGAAUGCUUUCAUUGUCAUUUCCUUUGAGAUUUCCUUCUAAUUACAAGAAGGUGUAUAGACAUCGAGAGAAAAUCGACCAUUUUCAGAAAAGGUCUUAUUUGUCACCAUAUGCAGAUGCCAAGGGACUUACUGCUGGGUCGUUAGAAUUUGAUAAGAGGGCUGUUGCCAUUAUGCAUGAGUUGCUUAGCUUUACCCUUGAGAAGAGAUUGGUGACUGAUCACCUUACGCAUUUUCGGACGGAAUUUGUGAUGCCACAGAAGUUGAUGAGACUUCUUUUAAAGCAUAUGGGGAUUUUCUAUGUGUCUGAGAGGGGGAAGAGAUUUAGCGUAUUUUUGACUGAAGCUUAUGAAGGUCAAGAACUGAUUGAAAAAUGCCCUCUGGUUGUUUGGAAGGAAAAACUCCUGAGUCUUGUUGGUUACAGAGAGAAGAAGAAGAAGAUUUUAACAUUUGGCGAUUUAUCGGACUUGGAGGAUAGUGGUUUGAUUGAGAGUAGUUCUGAACACGAAAAUAUAAGUAUGCAUUUUGGGCAUGAGGACAAGAUGGUCGGUGUGGAAGAUGCUUUACUUGCAGACAAUGAUGAGAUGAAUAUUGGAGAAAUUGGCCUCGCAGGCUGGAACAGUGAAAAAUCUUGAGCUUAUGAAUGCAAAGCAGAGAGCUCUUCUUGUCAUCUAGGUAUUUUAAUCCGGAAAUUGCAUACUGCCGCUGAUCACUAAUCAAAUUUACCAUCUACAUAUGAGGGAGGGGGGGCAGAGAAAAACGGAAGGCCCUUUGAAUGCCUUGUAUCAGAUCAUCAAAACUUGUCAGAAAUAGGGGUAGUGACUACAUAUUUCAGAAUUUGUUUUGCUAUUUUUACUGAUGAGUGAUGUGCUGGCCUCUGAAAUUAUGCCAUAUAGACUGCAAAAUAGAUAAUUAGCUUUAAUUUUUCCUCAUCAAAUGAAUGUGUAAAUUUCUUAAUGCUUAGAAAUUAGAACAGUAUGGUAUUUCUAGAAGGCAUGUGAGAGUUGCAUUUUUUUGUUUAUUUAUUUUUUGGCUCAGUUUUGUUUUUCUUUAUGCAAUAUACUGAUCCAAUACCACAAUAUAAUACAAUGAUCAAUCACUUCCCAGUCUGCUUUUGCCCAUGGUGCCCAAUUUCGUAAUGCAGCCACUUGGAAGGAAAGUGUGGUUGAUGAGUUCUGGUGCCUUUACUGGAUUUAGAAAUGAAGCCUUAACUGCUUGCUGACUUAUUUGGAGACAGGAACAGUUACUGUAGUGAGAUAAUCGACUGCAAGUUAUUAUGAGGUGUGGUGCUGGUAACAAGUGUUAGGCAUCUGUAGUAGCUAGUAACACAAAGACCGUCCUAGGAAAUUAGGGGCCAGACUUCAGAGUCGAUCUGCAACUUUUGGGGUCUGUAUAUUGUCAUUGUGCCAAAAUAAAACAAAAGGUCCACAAUUCUGACUGAAUUGGGACCUUUUUUGAA